UCUGCCUUAGACCUACAACUUUCCGAGCGCUCUCCUUCUUCCUCUUCGUUGCAACGAUCGCUGCCCUCGGAGGGGCGCGCAGAGAGAUGGGGGGGAAAGAAAUCCCGACGGGUUUUCUUGUCGGUUGCAUUUGGUUUGUGUUGCCGUUGGGUUAGCGAAGGCUUCCCUUUUCCUGCGGGGCUCGUGUCCCUUUAAGAGCCCUGGUGGAUUGGAGCACAUAACCACAUUGUCUGAGGAGCACUGGCCGGGGAGGAGUCCCUCCCGCAUCUGCAAACUCUGGACAGAGACAGACUGGAGGAGGUAGAGCGAGAGAGGGAGGAGGAGGAGGAGGAAGAGGAAGCAGACGCCGAGGGUGGUGUGGCUCGCUCCUGCCUAUCCAAGUUGCCCGCGAGCUGCGCGUAAAAGUUUGUACUCCCGAGGUUUGCCCUGUUUUCUGCUUUGCUUCUGGGGUUCGCGUGGCAGACGACCAACGCUAUGCCCCGGAAGAGUAUCGUGGAGGUGAAGGUGCUGGACGUGCAGAAGAGGCGAAUCCCCAACAAGCACUAUGUGUACAUUAUCAAGGUCACUUGGUCCAAUGGCUCAACAGAGGCAAUUUAUCGACGCUACAGCAAGUUCUUUGACCUACAGAUGCAAAUGUUGGACAAAUUUCCAAUGGAAGGAGGACAGAAGGACCCUAAACAAAGGAUAAUUCCCUUUUUGCCAGGCAAAAUUCUCUUCCGACGAAGCCAUAUCCGUGAUGUUGCUAUUAAGCGCCUUAUACCCAUUGAUGAGUAUUGUAAGGCUCUGAUCCAGCUGCCGCCAUACAUUUCUCAGUGUGAUGAGGUUCUUCAGUUUUUUGAGAUAAGGCCAGAGGACCUAAAUCCUCCUAAAGAUGAACCAAUUGGAAAGAAGAGAUCUGGAUUUGUCCAGAGAACGGCUUCUUUCCUUCCGACAGCUGGAGAUUUGUCAUCUGCUGAUCCCAUGGUCCUGGAACAAUAUGUGGUGGUGGCUGAUUAUCAGAAGCAAGAGAGCUCUGAAAUUAGUUUGUGUGCUGGCCAAGUUGUGGACAUAAUUGAGAAGAAUGAAUCUGGCUGGUGGUUUGUAAGUACAUUGGAUGAACAAGGAUGGGUUCCCGCAACGUGCCUAGAGGUCCAGGACGGUGCCCCGGAUGAAUUUUCAAUGCAGACUGAAGAAGAGAAGUAUAUGGUGAUCUACCCAUAUGCUGCCCGGGAUCAAGAUGAAAUAAACCUGGACAAAGGAGCUACAGUGGAGGUGAUCCAAAAAAAUCUGGAGGGCUGGUGGAAAAUCAGAUAUCAGGAUCAGGAGGGCUGGGCCCCAGCAUCUUACCUGAAAAGAGGGAGUGGAGACCUACUUACAUCAAAACUGGGAUCUGCAGCUUCAGCCCAUUCACACCCGUUGGAUAUGGAUGGACUUCCUCGACAGCAAAACUCCCCAGGUCGAGACAAGGAUGGACCGAGUAAUCAAAGAGAUGGAAGAUAUGAUGGUCGCCCCUUGCCCAAUGUGGACCUUCAACGAAAGUCACCAAAGAUGAGACAAAGACCCCCUCCGCGUCGAGAUCUCUCAAUAAAACGGUGUGUCAAUCUGCCAAAGCCUCCAGUGCCCCCACAGGUGGAGGAAGAGUAUUACACCAUUGCUGAUUUCCAGACCAUCAUCCCUGAUGGGAUCAGCUUCCAGGCAGGACUGAAAGUAGAGGUAAUUGAGAAGAACCUAAGUGGUUGGUGGUAUAUUCAAAUUGAAGAGAAGGAAGGCUGGGCGCCGGCUACUUUUAUUGACAAAUACAAGAAAACUAGCAAUGCGAGUAGACCUAAUUUCUUGGCACCGUUACCAAACGAAAUAGCACAGCUACGGCUUGGUGACAGCACGGCAGAGAACAACUCUAACGGAGACCCUGCUGGGCCAUCUCGACCUCUGCCUGAAGCACCCCCUAAUGGUGUUGAAUAUGGAAUCAAAUGGAAAGGAAAGGAGACGUCCCAGGAUGCUUUGCCUGAGAACAGUGAUGCUUCUCUGUGUGUUGGGUAUGAGGAAAUAGGCGAUCGGGAUACGGAAGAGAAACCCAGUCUUCCUCCAAGGAAGGAAUCCAUAAUUAAAUCAGAAGAGGAGUUAAUGGAAAGGCAAAGGUUGGAGCAGCGGCCACCUCCAAAGCCUCCUGGCAUGAUUUUACCUGGAAUUCCUCCAAAGCAGACCGUCCCUCCAAGGGACAACAAGAAGCCAGAGCUUAAAACAGAGAAGGGCAAAUUGUUCCAGUUGAAAAAUGAAAUGGGCCUUGAGUGUGGUCAUAAGGUUUCUCCAAAAGAAAUAAAGAAGCCCAAUCUCCGGCCCAUAGUCAAGCCAAUGAAACCAAAGAUUGAGCCCCCGGAAGAUAAGCCUGAGGCAGCUACCCCAAACCUUUUUCUGAAAUCAAAACCUCAGAUCAAACCGAAGCCAGCACCUGCCCCUAGGACAGAUCCUCCUCAGUCAGAGAAUAAACUAGACCUUUGCAACCUGAGGAGCAAACUCAAGCCUGCAAAGGCUCAAGAGAGGCUGUCAGAGCAGGACCCUGGGGUUAAUGAGAGUGCCUUCAGUAACAGUGGACUUCCAGCAGAACCUUCUGUCAAAUCUCAGGAAAAGCCAAAUGUGGAGAUUAGACCUCCCUCUAGACCUGACAGCCAAAUCUUUAAGGAGGCUCCUUUCCCCAAAGUUCCUGUGGGUUCAUCAAAGCCAGGUGAAAAUGAACCCAAGAGCAGCUUUCCGGUACCCAGGGAACCCCCUCAACGUCCAGUAGUACCUCCCAGAAGGCCUCCACCUCCUAAGAAAUCUAGUGUGCCAGCACCCCUGGCUUCAUUUGCCCCCCCUGCAGAACAUAAAGUCGCCCAGAAGGAAGUGCCUGAAGUUCGAGCUGUCCCAGUGUCCAGUAGGCCAAUAUUAGUUCCACCAAAAGCCAAAGCCUUCCUACCGUGUCCUGGCCAAGAGGAGACCAAAACAAAAAGCAGCUCAGGCCAAAAGUCAUUGCCCAAGUCUGUGGAGAAGGAAAGAGCAUCCAUUCCAAUUGCCAGCCUGGAUGUCCCCAAAGAAGCCCUCUAUGUGGCUGUGGCAGAUUUUGAAGGAGAUGAAGAAACUAGCAGUUUUAAAGAAGGGACUGUAUUUGAAGUCCGUGAGAAGAAUAGCAGUGGCUGGUGGUUUUGCAAAGUCCUCGCAGCAGGGCCGUGUUGGGAAGGCUGGAUUCCUUCCAAUUAUCUCCGAAAAAAGCCAUAGUCCUGUUGUUGCUUUUGCAUUACAACAGCUCAACAGUCCCUGUUUUAGUAUUACGAUAUUUAAUUAGCGUAUUUAUAGUUCUUCGUAAGGCCCAACUCUAUUAGAAACAGCGAAAAGCAAAGUAUCUGGGAUACCAAACAUUCCAAUUUGGGUAUGUCUCCGAAAUGAAUUGCAAGAGGAAACAUGCCAUUAUGUAGUAUUAUACCUAGGCUACUCUUCCUUCUGUAGGUAAGUCAUUUCUUGAACAAUGUUCACAGAAAAAAGGAAAAAGGGAAGACGAGCCACUUUUCUUUUUCAGCGUCAUGUGCCAUUUAACGUCACUAAAUAUAAUCAUGGGCUAAGAAGCUUCAUGGCAAGGAGAACAUAUAGGUAAUACGAUUCCAUAAUAGGUACUUAAGUGCAAAGAGCUAUCCCGGUUGUUAUUGUUCAUUAUUUUAGUCUUCUGUCUCUGUAUUUUCCUCUGAUGUGAACAAUGCAUCUGCCGUAGCUCCCUUUUAUAUGACAGCUAGUGUUUUUAUGUAAGCACCAUGUUUGAAGACUUGCUAAUGAAGUUCAGUGUACUCUCUCUGCAAUGCAGAUCUCUGUCUCACUUGGAUUUUUCAGUAUCUUAAUCGCGUUUCAGUAUACGUCGAGGGCAUGACAUACAGGUUAUCCAUGUCCAUAUGGUUGGUGCUGCAUCUUUGAGACUUGCACUAUCAAACUUUUAUCUACAUCUGCAAUGAAGUCUUCUGACCCUUCUAACUUUUGUUCCAUCUUUUCUAAAUAUAGAAGGUAACAGAUUGGGAGCCUUCCAGGCUAAGACUCAGUUUUUCUAGUCUUUAACAAAGUUGAACUAAAAGAAAUUUACGAAGGAUUUACCUCGGCCCUGUUAUCUCUUCCCCAUACAUUUUACAGUGAGAGCUUUUUCAGAAAGCUAAAUUGGCAAUGUCUUUUGAAACAUGACAAACAGCCUAAAAGAACGGCACACUCCUAAAAGCUAUGUGGAUUGUUUGAAUUAUCUUAGGCAAAAACCUGUUUAAAUUCUGGCCAGCUAGUGACAGAUUAUAGCAUUUUUGGUGAUGUGAAGUGGAUCUAAAAACGCAUGAUGUCAAGAGCCAUUUAAUAAGAUGUAUUUCAAUUUUGGAGCUACAGCCAAGAUGCAGAAGAUUCAUAAAUAUGAAGAUAUCCAUGUGGAACUUGUUCUUCAAAACUAUGCAGGGGCCACUUUUUUCCUACUCAUUAUUUCUGUAUACUUAAAUGGACAAGCAUGAUGAAAAUAAGUGUGUGCUUGCCUUUGAUUUAUUUUUUUUAAUUUCAUAUAGCUGAAUAGCUGAAGUGAGAACAUGCCAAAAAGUGUUAGCUUCUCAUUUAUAGCCAUGCAGGUUUUAAAGCAAUUGAUGAUAAAGAGAUUUUAACUACAUCACUUUUAGUAAUUUACAAGUUCCAUUACAAUGUGGUUUGAGAGUGUAGGUGAGAAUCUGGUAUGUAGAAAUUAACCAUACAAUUUGUGUUGAAAAGAUUUUAACAGGAAAGAAAAAAAAAUACUAGUUUCAAAAGGCAAUACAACAUUUGUGUUACGGGAAUUUGCCUAGUAAGCUCCCAUGAGCUGAAUCUCAUUAAUUUGCUGAAAUUGAAUCCAGCUCUAAAAUUCGCCUGUAAAAAACAGUUGUUUGAGUUUAAGUGGCUGCAUUUUUUUCAAAGGCAGAUAAGUCUGACUUAGACAGAUUCAGGAUGUUAAUGAUAGGAGUAUGAUUCAUCUGUCCAUUGACUAGACAUGAGAUCAACAUAGGUCAUUCUGAGGGAGAUCCUGCUACAUAAAAGUAGAAAUCCUACUAUUUGUUUGUCGUGAUUGACUUUCUAAUUUUACCAUCAGUCUCCUACUACUGUUAAGCAGUGGUUGAACCAUUUGCUAUUUUGUAACUUUUGUUCAAUACCUAAUUAUACAUUGGUUGCCUUCUUGGCACUAUUCAGUACAUGUGAUCUAGCAACAUUACAAUAUUCAUUUCAGAAUCUUUGCCUGCAUAAUUAAAUAAUUGGUAUUAAAAUAUAUGUUUUUUGUACAGUAUUAUUUAUCCAUCUCUAAUCCUAGCCCUUUCCUUUGCCCUAUUCCUAAAAAUGAAGACAUUACUAGAGUAAAAAGGAGUAAAAAGCAUUUCUGGUAUUUCUUGUUGCUUCCAUAUUUCUUUCUUGAAAAACUUCUCAGAAAAACGGACUGAAGGAUCAGGAUAGUCUGGGUUAAUAAAGCACUCUGAUCGAAAGGAAGCCAUUACAUUACACAUUUGUGCCUCACUUUUUGUAUUACUUGGGAUAGAAGAAAUUAUGAAGAGUUGACUUGCUGGGAUAUGAGAAGAGUUGUUGAGCUAACAUUUGCCUCAACGCUUUUGUUGCCUUAUACCAAAAAGUAUAUCAUUCUGAAAAGGAUAACCAGAUGCCAUAACAUGAAACCUGCUCCGUUUACUUUCCAAGUUCACUGACCACAUCUCUGUUGGACUAAAGAAUAUUCUUGUAUUCCAGUUACCUAGCCUUCUAAUUGGGAUGUUCUUCAAUGGUCUUAGACUCAUCCAUGUCUUUAAAAGCCUGUUUUAAUGUUUAAUGUUACGUAUCAAUCUGUAUCAAUCUGUACGUUAAUUGGGUGGGAUUUGUGGGAAGGGGAUUUUUGACAACGGUAGACGUAGCCUAUGUAAAAUUCAUGUAUACUUCCAGCAUUAAAGGCUAGGUGAUUGUGUUUUGUGUGUGUGUUUUUUUAAGAUAAAAGAAAUAAAAAAAAUAGGCUUGACUGGUUUCAAGCAGAACUGA